AUGAGCAAAGCAUUGAACCAGAUUUCCAAGUCGCCCUUCACGCGCAAGAUUGAAGGGGAAAUACUUCCUCGAUGGUUCCAUCAGCCAAUGUUCACCAUCUACAAUGGUCGAAAGGACCCUGUGGAGCAUGUGAGCCACUUCAAUCAGAGAAUGGUUGUCCAUUCCAAAGACGAAGCCUUGAUGUGUAAGGUGUUCCCAUCCAGUCUAGGACCUGUGGCAAUGAGAUGGUUAGACGGCCUAAGGGCAGAUUCCAUAGAUUCCUUCAAGGAGCUCACCCAAGCAUUUGGCUCUCGUUUUAUUACCUAUAGCAAGGAGAUGUUCAAUGAAAUAGAUGGUGACUUUGAUAACGUGGCCAUCAGUACUUUCAAGGUCGGCCUCCCAGCCGAACACGGUUUAAGGAAAUCUCUGACCGACAAACCUAUCACCAAUGUGCACCAACUCAUAAACCGGAUUGAUAAGUAUAAGAGGGCUGAGGAAGACCAGCAAUAG